CUCUUUGUAAUAAGUGCAUGUUUGUUUGGACAGUAUGUGCUGCGCAUAGUUUAAUUAGGCUCGCUACACACCAUCGUGGUCGGAAUCGGGGAGAUGUCUCGUAUCAAGGCGAAAAAGACAAGGAAGUUGCGUGGUCACGUGAGUCAUGGUCAUGGACGAGUAGGUAAACACCGCAAGCAUCCCGGAGGUCGGGGAAAUGCAGGUCUUGAACACCAUCAUCGAAUCAACAUGGACAAAUACCAUCCGGGUUACAUCGGCAAAGUUGGUAUGCGCCAUUAUCAUCUUAAAAGGAACCCCUACUACUGUCCGACAAUUAACCUGGACAAAUUAUGGUCUUUGGUGUCCCAAGAAACUUAUGAGAAGUAUAGGGACUCCACCGAUGGUAAAGCUCCCGUUAUUGACUGUCUACGCAAGGGAUACUUCAAAGUUCUAGGAAAAGGGUAUCUACCAAAAGUACCUGUUAUUGUCAAAGCCCGAUUCUUCUCUCGAAAAGCAGAGGAAAAAAUCAAAGCUGUUGGAGGAGCUUGUAUAUUAACUGCAUAAAUAAAUAUCACGUCUGGAUAGUCC